AUGCACCUGCAAAGCAGCCGGCCAUUCCUCAUAGGCUGGUACAACCAGCAACGUGAAAUAACUGCGGAUGGAACGCAGCGGAUUGAAGGGCCAGAUGAUGGUGUGGCCUAUGCUGUGUAUUCUGUCCCAGGCUACCUCGAUGUGGUGAUUGAGCACUUUGCCAGGGAGCGACCAUCAACAGGCUUUGUGGAUGGCGCCACGGAUGCCAUCUUGGCGCAGCUGCGUCAAGCACUGCCUGCUGAGCUGGAGCCGCAAGUGGUAAAUACUGACGAAGGACCUCCGUACUACCAUGUGCAGACCAUUGGGAAUGUGUGCGCAGAAGACGAGCACAUCGAAGCCAAGGACAUCGCGAAUGACGGCGACGACUGGGAGGAAGACCUGUCCGACCGCCUGGAGGAGACACGUGACCCCAAGAUGUGGGGAUCGGAGUCGGAGAUGCUGAGGAAGAUCUUUGGCGUGAACGUUCAUCCGACCUGGGGCGGCUGGUAUGCCUAUCGAGCCCUGAUCGUUCUCCGGAAGGGCACCCAGGCCUCCCUGCAAAAGCCGGAGCCUAUGGCUUUCCUCGCCACGGAGGACAAGAAGCGAAUCCUCGCGGAGUACAACCUGAGGCAUCAGCUAUGUGUGUGGCGGGACCUUUCGGACUCGCACCCCCCAGAAAAGCGCUACAGCCCAGAGGAGUAUUUUUUCUUCACGGAAACCUCUCCGGACAAGAGAAGGCGAUUUCUCGAGAUGAAGGCAUCGCUGAUGACUGCAGUGCCUGCGCCUCGGUGGCCGUCACUGUGA